AUAUGGAUUGAGUUUCUCAUUCCAUUUUUUCUCUUCUUCUUCUUCUUCUUUUUCCUUUUAUGUUUAACUCACUGAGUUGCAAAGAAUUAAUGGGUAAAAUUUUUGCACUACUCGUCUUCAUCCUUUCCUUGAGCUGUGCAGUUGCUCUUGCUGAAAUGGAUAUUUAUGUGGGCGGAUCUAAAGGUUGGAGUCCGGAAUCCGAUGUUUCAGCUUGGGCAAAGUCCGUUAAGCCUCGCGUGGGAGACACUCUCGUGUUCAGAUACACGACGGAGUACGAUGUGCAAGAAGCAUCCCAACUGUUAUACAGAACUUGUAAUACAAAUUUAAAGCCAAAUCAAGUAUACAACGAUGGCUACACCGUCAUCGAGCUGACUCAGCCCGGCGACCUUUACUACAUUUCCGGCAAUCACUGCAAAGACCUCCGGCUCUACAUCCAGGUUGACCCCUAACACGUGGCUAGCUAUCCAUAUAUGUAUUUGGUUAAUUAUAUAUAUA